CUAGCAGGAUUGUUCGAUGAGUCUGGAGUGAGGAAAUCCAUAGUGGUUGUGGGAGAAUAAAUGUUCUUGUUAUGUCAGAAAAAAAUUGUGCGGAGUACUACUUGGUUAAAUUCGAAAUCGAGAUUUACUUAGGUCCGGAGAGAGAUCAGUAGUAUGACGGACAGUGAUGACUAGGGGGUCAACAGUAUCUGAAUACACAAUAUUUUCAUAUCUGGAUAUGAUUAUGAAUGAAUUAAGGCAGUCAAGUGAAAACCGUGAAAUUGAAUGAGGAUGAAAAUUAUACAAUUUCUGGUACUGGCAAUCAAUUAUUUUGUCGUUAACUAGCUCUUCAACAGAUUUGCCAUGCACCCUUUACAUGUUUGCUGGGAAUCGACGGACUGGAACUUACACCCCUCCAGCCACUUGCAGUACACACGUGACCCACGCUUCGUUUCACAUUCAGCACAUGGCAUGCAUUGGAUCCUUUCGUAAGAGUAAACUUAGUGGUAAACGACUGUACCGAGCUGUACUGACUACUACGGAAGAUGGGAUUUAUCAUUUUCACCAUUGCAGUCCUAUUGACAUUUGCCUUACCCAGCUCUGAAUAUGAAUGUGACAAGUCCGCCACGCUGUGUGAGACCACGCUGGUGAUCCAACAUAGGCUAACCAUGAUGCACCCUACCGAACAACAAGUCUUUCCAGCCAAUGGUAAACUAUACAAAUAUGACGACCUGACACAAGCUACAGAAAUACCAGUGGAUGAAGUAAUGACUGCCGAUGGUUGGGAGGAUAACAGACUGGUUGUUGUAGCAAACGAAAGUCUCCCAGGUCCUCCAAUUAUAGUGUAUGAGGGACAAAGACUUAAAGUUCACGUCGUCAACAAAAUGACGUCGGAUACUGUGACUAUACACUGGCACGGUAUUCCUCAAAGACGACGCCCUUGGAUGGACGGUGUUCCUUUUUUGACACAAUGUCCAAUCUUGUCUGGACAGACGUUCACAUAUGACUUCAUUGCUGAACCUAAAGGAACGUACUGGUACCAUUCCCAUGUCGGUGAUCAGCGAGCUAAAGGGAUGAAUGGUGCAUUCAUCAUUAGAGAGAGAACAUCAGCAAUCAGGGAACAGAUUAUGACGGUACAAGACUGGAACCAUAACUGGGGAGCCGAUAUGGAUCACCAAAAAUUGCUGCUUGGAACUUUUGUGAAUCGUGUACCAGAACCACUGAGGCAAUCUGUAGACGGGGGUCUUUUUGACCCAUUCUAUGUUACUUCCGUUCUAAUCAAUGGUAGAAGCCGUUAUUACAACAAGUCCGGUCAACAUAAUGGUGCUCCUUUGUCAGUUGUCCAUGUGGAAAAAGGAAUGGACUACAGGUUUAGGGUUAUCCACGUCGGAGCUCUAUAUCCCAUUAGAAUAUCAAUUGACAAUCAUGCCAUUACUCUUGUCGCUUCAGACGGAUACGAUUUCCAACCAGUGAAGGUAGAAUCUUUCAUCAUCAACCCAGGUGAAAGAUACGAUUUCAUCAUUAAUGCCAAUCAAGUCAUUGGAAAUUACUGGAUAAGAGCUGAAACCCUAGAAGUUAAUGCACAUAAAUCUGAGGCCGUUCUCCGCUACAAUGGUGCAGAUGUGUCUCAAUACCCUUUAACGACUAGGAAAAUAUGCACUCCUGUUGAGAGAUGUUUAGUUGUUAAUUGUCCUUUUACAACCUUCCCUGCUGACUAUUACACCGACUGUUUACGGUUUGAUCAUCUUCGGUCAGCUGCGGACAACGACCCUGCGCCCGAACCGACAUCUCUGGACACAUUUAAAGAACACUAUUUGAACUUUGCUCUUCCUGAUGAAGUUGCGUCAGUAAACGGAAGAGAGUUUAUGAAUCCCACAGUGUCUGCACUUACACAGCCAUUAGAGAUAACGUCCACAUGCGACAACGUAGACUGCGGCGAGGAAAAAACAUGCAAAUGUACAUUUUCACUUCCCACUACCCAUAACGAUGUAGUGCAACUUGUACUGAUGAAUAUGGGGGUAGGGACAGGUGACGCCCAUCCAGUUCACCUCCAUGGUUAUUCAUUUUACGUGCUGAAAAUGGGAUAUGCUACUUAUAAUAUGACUACCUCAAAGUUCAUAUCCCAAAACAAUGACAUCGAUUGUCGCGGAAGUGGGGACAUGACAACAAGGUUAUGUAACGACGCUUCAUGGAGAAAUCCUAGUUGGCUUGGAAAUAACGUCCCUGGAUUGAAUCUUAUCAAUCCUCCGCGAAAGGAUACACUGAUUAUACCUAGCGGUGGCUACGCUGUUAUCAGGAUCAAGGCUGAUAACCCAGGUGUAUGACUAUUUCAUUGUCACAUCCAAGUGCACGGAAUCUUCGGAAUGAGAAUGGUCCUCAAUAGCUCAUACAACAUGCAUCCAGCACCUCCAAAAUCAUUUCCUGUGUGCCGUGACUAUCCUUCUUCCUUUCGUGAAGACUUUGUUGACCAGCAUCAGAGUGGUGACCAGGAUCAGAGUACCCACAGUGUCAACAAAGUGAAACAAAUCGGCCCUGAUGAAAGUGGUUAUGGAAUGAAGACUUUUUGGAUAAUGUUCACAGUGAUGGGUAUUAUCAUCCUGCUUUUGAUUGCCUAUAUUCUGCACGUACGGAAGCAAGCCCAGCAUUUCAAGAAGAAGUUGGAAUCAUCUUCAGAACCAACAAAAAGCGGGAAAGAAAAUCCGUUCUUUUCAAAAAUUUGACAUUCUUUGUAAUUACUUUCAUGGGUAAACUCUUUCAAAUAAUGAAGUUGGUACACACAAUCUUUGUUAAUGUAUAGAAGGCACAAGUUUACAAUGCAGUAUUUAUUGCUGCCUCACUGUGACCGUGCAAACAACGAAUAUUAUCACAAUGCAACAAUUUUACACUGUACUGUUUAAAAAAUAACCAACGAUGUGUUUGUAUUUCUGUAGAAUAUAUAACGAGGGUGAGAAAAUGCUUGAAACAUAAUCAACAAGGACAGAUUGUCAAUAUAUUUCAAUAUAAUCAAUAUAUUUAAAAGACGAAUUGUGCAGUUAUAACUUUGAGUUAGACUUGUUAACGUCACGUGUCUGAAGUAUAAGACUUAUUUUGAAUAAUCUAAUAACAAUCUCGAUACCAAGGUAGCGAAGGAAAUAUUCAAGUUUGAAACAACUGUCUAAAACUGAAUUACGUUAUUAUCAGGAAUUAUUUCUAAUAUGAGGUUUUUGCAAGCUUUAAUUUCUGUCUAAAAUUUAUAAUUCAAGAUGUAGUGGAAUGUUUGUAUUGCUACAUUAACAUACUAACGAUACCAAGCAUAUCAGCCUUCUAAAUACGCCAAUAAUCACGUAUCAACGUUCAAUAAGCUCAAUGUAUUGCGUUGUGGUUAUAUCUCAGUUAUUUCCAUGAUGAGGUCUACCAAACCUUAUACAACAAGAACAUAAAUAAUGGAUGUUAAUGUCACUAUGGAAAUCCCCACACACCGUUUGUUUUUAUUUAUUUAUUUUAAAAAGACUCAUUUUAGCGUCAAAAAUAUUAAGAAAGGAAAGACAUAUUUGAACAUGAAUAUUUUAAUUAAAUUACAAUUUUACCAUUUACCAUAUUUAUCAACUGGGAAAUCGCUUUCGAUGUUAAAAUCAGGUGCAGACUUGCUAUUAUGAGUUAACUGCAGUAUGAAUAUGUGCAAAAGCUUGUUACAUAGUCGGGGAAAAUGAGAACAUAAACAAAAAUGUUAAUACAAUACUAACAAUGCCUAUAUAGAAUGAGUAUAACGACAAAAUAACCUUUUAAUGUAAUUGAUCCGUUUAUCGUAUAAAUUUGUUAAAUAUAGAAAUGAACAUAAUAAAUGACCUGAUGAAGGAUUGGAACUAAAAGGAAUUCUGUGUAAUGGUUGAAAUAAAAGGAUUUAAAAAACAAGUAUUAUGAGACAGUCAUGAGUAAUAAGACAAAUGUCAGAUUUUCACCAAAAUACAGCGGACAAGUACCCUUAUUUUCCUUCGAUUUGAAUAAUAAAAUCACCAAACGGAAUAAAUAUCAAACAUUUUAUUGUUUUCUAAUCAAGCGUAUGCCAAUGCGUAUAGUUUUGGACAAUAUAAAUGGGACUAAACAAGGAUAUAUGGGAUAACAUUUUGCAUUCUACCUUUAAAAGUAACUAAAACUUAAAAAUGUCUCGAUGGUUGAAAUUUAGAACGUUAUGCCUUUGAGUUAGGAUUACAGACAGCUCCUGUUUGUAUAACUUUUACUAGAUAAAGGGAGACAAUGAUGCACGAAUUCAUUGCGAAGUCAACAAUGUGUAGAUAUUAUAUCUAUUCUUUAAACAAGUUGUAAUAAUCUUCUGGAUCUAUUACCUUAUCAAAGUUUAAAAAAUGCAUACAGAUUUGGUAACGAAAUUAUACUUUCGAUUCAGACCAACAUAUACAAGAUGGAUAUAGUUCACACAAUAGUGUGAGCAAGAAAAUUACAAUUAAAAUGGUAACAUUUGAAAAUGUCGUAUGCUAAUAUAUCAUAUGUUCAUAUGUAAAUAAAAAGCGAAACAAUACAAAUAAAACUUGAUGAAAAUGAAACAAAACCAUGGAUAAUACUAUUGUAUAUAUAAAUCUGAUUAUCUGAAGAAUCUCCUGGAAAAGAUAAAAGCACUUAGUACGUUUUGUUGAGUUUUCUUCUUUUAAAAUGACUGGUAUUUUCUCGUCCGCAAGGAUCAUUUCACUACUGUUAUUAUAUAAUUAUAUCUAUAUCACAACUUAAUAUGGUGUUUAUAUUCAUGGUAGGUAUUGUUUUGGAGAUAACAUUUGAUUAUCCAUUUAUCGACACUAAAUUAACUGGUAUAAGCUUUUGACAAACCAAUAUUUCAAUUCGACUCCAAUGUAGCCAGGUAAGAUAUAAGUGUUAUGCAGGCUAUUCGACUUCUAUGUAGCCAGGUAAGAUAUAAGUGUUAUGCAGGCUAUUCGACUACGAUGUAGCCAGGUAAGAUGAAAGGGUUAUGCAGGCUAUUCGACUUCGAUGUAGCCAGGUACGAUUAAAUUGUUAUGAAGGCUAUGAGAGUGUGAUACAUGCUAUGGUCACGGAAAUAUAUAUAAGUAUGAGUUGUUUGAGUGUAUGCCUCAAGUUUUGUAAUCAUGGAGGAAAAACAUCUCCACCUCUAUAGAUAUAUGCAAACUAAGCUACCAAGCGAAGGUUAUAGGCAUGUCAUUUGGUUACAUAAUACUGUUAAUUAUGUUUACUAAUACCCAUAUACCUGAUUUGUAUGACAUGUUUGUGAAGUACAGCAAACGAACAAUAUAUUGAGAUUGAUUACAUUUUUUUCUCACACUUUUGCAGCUUUUUGACUCCCGUAGCGCUAAUAAAAUCUCCAAAAAUAAUUUAUAAUUUCGUAAUAAUAUUAAUUUCAUAUUCCUUUAAAUUACAAUCGAUAUGAUAUGUAUGCACAGUUUAUAACUUAAAGAGAGGGCAUUUACAGGAUUUGCCAAUUACACAAUCCUUAUUGUAUGCAAAAUAUGAACAAUAAAAUUUUCCAAAAUCGAGAUACCCAGGUAUGUAUGUGUGCUCUAUCAUAGUGAACGAAUGUUACUUAACUAAAUGCACCGAAAAUAUGGUUCGAAGCAUGUGAAAUAUGAAGUAUUGAUAAAAAGUAUCUUCCUUACUCCUUGCUCAGUUAACAAACUGAAAUUCAGCACAUACUUAUCCGUAUUUGUUUCUAUGCUUUAGCACUGGAUAAAUAAUUCAUAUAUUUUUUAUAAUUGAAUGAAAGUAUUUUAAAUGUUUGACUACGAUGGAUUUCAAGAAUGCAUAUAUUUGUCAUUGCGUUGUGGCCUGACUCCUGGUUCACAAAGGAUACACAAAUAAAACUUUUAAGUCAUUUCUUAUUUCAUUCAAGAU